AUAAUGUAUGUAUUUACAAAACAUAUUAUUUAAUCUAUAGGUUUAAAUAUACUUUUUUUUUUUAAACUACGAGAACAAUACAAUUAGCAAAUAUUAAAACAAGUUGUAUAACACUUUGAAUUCAAUUUUAUCAUCAUGGAAAUUUUACAUAGAAUUGGAACCAUAUUCUUCCUAUCAACAGUUCUUGGUAAGUAAACCACCUUUAAAUUUCACGAGCUUUAAAAAAAUAAUAAUAAUAAUAAUAUUUUUUUAGAGAAUUGUUCGUAGUAUUUUACACUCCUUUUGUAAGAAUUAACAGCAUAGUUAAUAAAAAAGACGUAAUUUAAACUGUUAUUUUAAAAGCAGUAUUCUUCUUGAUAUUUAUAUUUCUAAACAGAUUUCUUCGCUGCUCAGGAAAUAACAAAAUUCCUAAAGGGACAAACACAAUGUUCAACAAAAUGCAAGAGUGGAUACCUGAUAACAUCUGACACGUGUGUCUUUAAUUACGAGAUCAGUUUUAAAGAAGCAUUACCAGAGACUUCUUCUCUCAUACUUGAAAUUCGGGAAGCACAUAUCGAAGUAUUUAACCCUGUAAGUUGAGCGUUUUAUUUAAUAUACAAUAGAUUAUUAAGUAUAAAUGAAAACAUCAUUAAAUAAUAAUAACCUGUCUUAUAGUUAAACAUACCAGUAUUUCAUACAUUGGACGAAUAUUUCAAGUUUUUUAUUGAAACAUGGAUUUAAGAUAUUGCUAGUUAUUUGAAUAAUACUUAACAAGCACAGAAAAAAGAACACAAAUUACAAGAAAAACUACACCAAAAAUAGUGAUUUAAAAAAUUUUCAAUUUGAUUAUAAUAUUAAAUUAUAUUAAAGAAUACAAACUUAAUUUAAAGAAAACAACUAGACCGAAUUAUUGCACAGUAAGUAAAAACGUCUAAUUAUCGAAAGAUACAAAUAUUUAUUUUUAGUCGAGGAAUUUAGCUAAAAUCUGUACCGGCAGGAAAGCACUUUCGAUUUAAUUACAUCGAGGGAGUUAAAACCCUUAAAAAAUAAUAUGCUAUAGCUUGUAAAACCCAGUAGCAUACUUAAGUAAACAAUAGAAUGCAAACAGCCAUUUCCGAAGCAAGGGAGGUCUGGUAAGGUGGACAGUUAUACAGUUAUACAUUUAAUCGAUGACAUUAAUAUCAAAAGAAAAGAUAAGGAGGGGGGGGGGGGGUAAAGUAAAUAAUGCAACGUCAUGGGAUGACAAAAGAAAUUGAUCAACAAAAAUGCUAUAAAACAAGUGGAUUAAAAAAAUUUAAAACAAUUUAAUCGAUGACAUUAAUAUCAAAAGAAAAGAUAAGGAGGGGGGGGGGGGAAAAGUAUAUAAUGCAACGUCAUGUGAUGACAAAAGAACUUGAUCAACAUAGAUGCUAUAAAACAAGUGUAUUAAUAUAAUGUAAAACCGUGUAGGCGAAGUUUUAUAUAUAUCAAGUGAACCUCAUAAGAAUAGUCCGGUCUUGUAGUCUCGUAAACAGUACGUCAUUGUAGACACUGAGUAGGCAGUUGAUCAAGUUAAAUUAUUUGUUUUAAAUACGAAAAGUGAUCAUUAUUCAUCAAUAUACGUCUUUUUCUCCAGUUAAUCACUCUAAACGUGAUGACCGAUUGUACUGGAUUCAGUAAAGAUGCCGACUUCUACUGCACUGAAAUAGAUAGUAAUGUAUAUAUUAUUACAAUCAAUGCUAAUGAACUUUCGAGAUAUAGUCAAGCUGAAAUUAGGGCAUAUACAGUAAUUGUAAACCAAAAGAACGUCUACAGUGAUAUCCUUGCAUUUCCUCAAAUUUUCGGUAAGUUGAAAAGUCAACAAUUUUUUUUUCGUCACAAAAAUAAAAAACUAUACCCAAUCUAUGCAUUUUAAACAGAAUGUUGAUUAAUAAGUUUGAAUUGAAAGUUUAAAAAAUAAAAUAGUUAAAUUAUAUAGACAUUAAUUUAUAUUAAAGAAAAACAAAACUUAAUUUGAUAAAAGGGUACUUUUGUUUUUUGUUAAGGUCGCCGUUAUCAUGAGAUAAUCUUUUUAAGGCAUAAAUCCAAAUACACAAAAUCUUAUUAAUUAACCGACUAUCAAUUGACUUCGCAAGCCGAUUCUAUAAUGAUGAUCGCAGUUGCAGAUUGGAUUUAAAUUUUGUUGAAUAAAUUAUUACUUUUUAAUUAAAUUGCGUAAAUUAGUGAUUAUUGAGAAUUAAUUUUUAUUGUCAAUAUCUUUAAAAAAAAUAAUAUUAUAUAUAUAUAUAUAUAUAUAUGUAUAUAUAUAUGUAUAUUAGUAAUAUACGUUUUUAAAGUUCUUGGACGUAUUUAAAAUUUAAAGUAAAAUGUACAUGAACUAAUAUUACUUCGUUUAAAAUGUUCAAUAUUUCUUAUGUUUUUGGAGAAUUUAAAUCGGUCAAGUAAAACUUGUAUAUAUAUAUAACGAGCUAAGUUGACUGUAGCGCCAAAGAACCAAAAAGAUUAAGGUACGUUCAGAUUCUAAAAGAAUAAUCAUAGCUAUGUUCUAUUAUUUGACAAAAAUCGAAUAAAUCUAAUUGCACCAAAAAAAAAAAAAAAAAAAAAAAAAAAAAAAAAAAAAAAAAAAAUAUUUUUUUAAAAAAAAAAAAAAAAACAAAAUGCACCAAAAAAAAAAAAAAAAAAAAAAAAAAAACUACCUAUAAAUACGCUUUUCUUUUAGUAAAACUGUAAGCAUUAUAAUUACGCAUUACAAACACAUUUAAAAUAACAACAAAAAAAAAAAAAAAAACAAAAUAAAAAAAAAAAAAAAAAAAAAAAAAAAAAAAAAAACUACCUAUAAAUACGCUUUUCUUUUAGUAAAACUGUAAGCAUUAUAAUUACGCAUUACAAACACAUUUAAAAUAACAACAAAGUAAAAUAAAUAAUUUAAGACUUAUAUCCGAAUUUAAAAAUAAUGAAAAAACAAUUAUGAUCAAAGAAUUACAUCGUAAUAUAACAUAUAUCUGGAAACCCUAAACAUCAGUUUAGUGCAUUUUUAAGUGCCUUUUUAAUAUUGCGAAAUAAAUUAAAAUUAAUUUGUUCUAAAUAAACAUGCAAAUGAUGUCAUAGCGCGAAUAGCCUAAUUUAGAAGAAACUAUUAAAUUUCUUUGAUUUAGUAACCACGCGUUACAAACUGAUAAUGUAUUAUCACCUUAAUAAAAGUAAAAUUAAUUAAUAUAAUUGAUUGGUUUUUAUAUUAUUAAUACAACACACACACACAUUUUAGCCUUGUUUUUUAAACAUUAAAUACGUUUUUACUUUUUUUAAUUGGAAACAUAUACUUUUAUUAAAUGUAUAACGUAAUUAAAUCGUAAUCAGUAAAUACUAGAAUGAAUAAGCUAAAUAUUAUUGGGAUACUAAUGGUAGGUCCUUUACAUUUCAAAAGUUAUGAAUUGGGAUGAGUUUUUGCAAUAGCAGUUAGAAAUUAUCGCAAAGGAACAACCAUUAUUAUCCCGAUAACAUCGGGUCAUUUAUUCUUGUAUUAUACAAAAUCAGGAUUAAGAGCUAACAUUUUAUGCCAAGAAAUUAGUUUAAGAAAGUAUUUAAUUAUUUUGCACAAUUUGUUUGUAAAAGCCUACCUUAUGUAGUUUGAGAAUGUUAUAAUUUGUUAUGGACUCUUAACAUUUUAAACUUAUGCAAUGAAUGAAUUAUAAAUAAAAUAAGGAAACCUUAGAUAUAAUUCACGCUCUUUUUUUUAAAGAUCAUAUCCUCUAUUCUUUGAAUGUCACUGUUACCUGUAUCACGCCUAUGAUAAAGAAUGAUCUUUUUCUAUAUAGAUCCAUUAAACUUCAAUGGGCACCUAAAAAUAAAUGGAAAGAACAUGUCAACAGAUUUCUGUAAUACAACCAUUGAUGUAAGGGAUUUAACAUUAGAAUUUGACUGCGUCAGUGCUGCCAAGCCGUGUGUCAUAGAGAUGCAGGUUAAUGGUGACACCGUAGUUAAACAAAGUGAAAACCACGCUUUCUUCCAAGGAAAAUAUGAAAAUGGCAAAGAUGUAUUAGUAACGAUCAAAUAUUCCGCCUGCAGAUUAGAUGGUAAAUUCAUUACUAUCAGCUGCUCUGUUUUUACUGGUAAGUUGGUAAUGAUUAAAUAUUCAGUUUGAAAAUUUAUGUUUGGUCAGCUAAGGUUGACAUAAGCGACUCAUAUUUCAUUUAAUAAUUUCAGACGCAUGGUAGUUGAUUUAUUAAAGAAAAAUAGUAAAGUUGUUUUCAAAGUUUACAGGAGCUUAAGGUUAUACAGGUUGGAAAGCAGUAGACUAAUGAGUCUUUAUACAAAAAACAUUGUAUAUGACGGUUUGUUGCAAACGAAAUCUGAAUGAAAUUCGUCUUUGUUAUAUUUUUUUUACUUAGAUUGAAAAAAAAAAAAAAUUAAACUAGAUAAAUCAUUUUUUUUAUUUUUAGCAUUAAUUAUACUACUUUUGGCAUUGUACACCCUUUUUUGUUACACAUACAAGUAAAGAAAUCAUUUACGAUCUAGCAUUAAAUAAUAUUUACCAACAGCAAUUUUUGUCUUGCAAAACAACACUAAUUGCAAAUUAAUUGUGACUUUGAGCUGGUUUUCUUACGACCCCUCUAAGCAUCAGAGGUUCUGCUAGUUUUGUUUGUGAGUGCGCAGAUGGCUAAUGAGGCCGAUUCUGGUACGAAAUUCUCUUGUGCAGUAGGUGCAGGGGAAUGAUGGCGCAUCUCGGGGGCAGAGUCAGACCGGGCCUUCCUUGCAUGUCUCUUGCGCUCUUCAGCAACUGUUUUGCCAACUAUAUGUUGCAUGGAUCUCAUGUGUAAAGUGGAACGCCGUGAAGUUUGAUCCUUUGCUUUUUCCUCACACGUGUCUUGGUUUACGUUGAAUGCUUUCAGUGAGGCUUUAGGUUGUCUUUAAAGCUGUUUUCUGCCCACCAGCAGACCGCUUUUCUUGUUCAAGCUCACCAUAUUUUAGCCGGUACACAAUACACACAUAUGGGAACAAACAAUAAAAUCAAGAACUGUUAAUUUAAAAUCAGUUUUUAUACCCUAAAAAAUGUCCCUACUUAAUUUAAUUAAAACAUGUUUUAUUCACUUUCUUAAAGCUGUAUUUAUAUUUUUAAAAUGCACAAUAAUGUGUUAUUGUGUUUUGGAUUAAAAUGUAUGUUAAGCAUAUAUUAUAAGAAAUAACUAUUUUAAGCCCAUGAUUUAUAGCCGACAUUUUUUCUUAUGCCCAAACUUUCUAAUUUGAUUCUUCGAAGUGAAAUUUUCGAUCCAGUAUUUUGCAACAAUCUAAAUAGGCUAUUUCAAAACGAUUGAGGGAUUUGAGAUUUGUUGCUUCAUAAGAUAAGCUAUUAGGGCAGCAUGUUUGGAAAAUGAAUAAAAAUCAGAUAAAUUAAAAGAAUAAUGCUAAAGCGAACAUUCGAUAAAUAUACAUCAUGUUAUCCAGAUAAUUUUUUUUUUUUAAUGUUUAUACAUGUUCUGCUUUUUGGUUAACACCUAUUCUUAUUUUAUGAAUACUUACCAUCACUUUACUUUAUUUUUAUAAAAUGUUACAUUCUUUCACAAAAACUAAGUAAAACAAUUAUGGAGCAGAUAUUUCUUACAAUGUAAUUGUCAUAUUUUUUAAGCUAAAUUACACCAAGUGCAUUAUGAGAUUAUUUUAAAUCUUUAUGGGUACUUAAUUUUUUCAAGUUCAAUAUAUGUAUAUAUUUAUCGAACUAUAAUCUUUGCUUACUAUAAAUAUUGUAUCUAGUGUCUCAUGAUCAUACUAAAAAUAAUGAAUUUGUAGUUUUAUUCACUUUUUUCUAUGCAUAUUUUUCAUUUAGGAUUAAUUCAAAGUACACCUAAAGACAACAGUAACAAUGAUAUAGCUAUAGGUGUUACUGUACCUCUCGCUUGUAUAUUUUUGGUGGCAACUAUAUCAUUCUUAAUUUACAGGUAA